CAUCGCCACCCUCUAGAUCGCUUGUAUUAAGUGUCGUACGCCGGCUACCAUCUGCGAUCCCCGGAGAUUGGCACCGACAGCUGGUCACUCGACCAACUUCCGGCUGAGUACCAGCCAGAGGGUUGCGACACUAGGACCGUUGGGCGGCGCGUCUGCCCACUGAGUAAGCCGUAUUGGGACCGGCUAUGACGAACUACCAAUCCAUCUCAGAUAGGGCCGCCUCUCCUGGGGGCUCCAGCAGCAUGUCAAGAUCGCGACGCCGAGCCGGUAAAGACGGCCAUGGCGGGCAGGCCUCUAUGUUUAGUAGCAUCGUCAACCUGCUGAAUACAAUCGUUGGAGCCGGCACGCUUGCCAUGCCUUCAGUUUUAUCGCACAUGGGAAUUAUGCUAGGAACUCUUCUUAUCCUCUGGUCUGGAUUCACCUCUGCGUUUGGCCUCUACCUCCAGUCCCGAUGCGCGCGUUACCUCGACCGCGGAACAUCGUCCUUUUUCGCCCUGUCCCAGAUGACAUACCCAAAUGCGUCUGUCAUCUUUGACGCGGCUAUCGCUAUUAAAUGCUUCGGCGUUGGAGUGUCAUACAUGAUCAUCAUAGGCGACCUUAUGCCUGGAGUUGCCUUGGGCUUCAACAGCAACGCGGACAAGAUUCCCUAUUUGGUAGACCGGCAUUUUUGGAUCACUGCUUUUAUGCUCCUGGUCAUUCCUCUGAGCUUCUUGAAGCGACUCGACUCACUCAAGUAUACCAGCAUCGUUGCCCUGGUAUCUAUUGGGUAUCUCAUCAUUCUCGUCAUCUAUCACUUCUCCGUCGACCCCCAUGCCGAUCCAAGCAACAUUCGAGUCAUCCAAUGGGCUGGAGCUGUCGAGACCCUCAGCGCACUGCCGGUGGUUGUUUUCGCUUACACAUGCCACCAGAACAUGUUCUCCAUCAUCAACGAAAUCAAGGACAACUCCCCACCCAGCAUUGUGCGAGUUGUUGGAUCCAGUAUUGGGUCCGCGGCAUCUAUCUAUGUCUUGGUGGCCAUUACCGGGUAUAUCACUUUUGGUAAUGCUAUUGUCGGAAACAUUGUGUCAAUGUACCCCACCGGAGUCGCCUCUACAAUUGGCAAGGCAGCAAUCGUUGUGCUCGUCCUAUUUUCCAUUCCUCUACAGGUCCAUCCUUGUCGUGCCUCUCUUGAUGCCGUCUUCAACUGGCGACCCAACAGGGGCAACUCAAGCGGCGGCCGUGCUGGUUCUCCCUUACUGAACUCGGCACCUGCUCAACGUGGGGACCACGGCAGCACUGCGCCGAUGUCUGAUCUCAGAUUUGCCCUCCUUACUACGAUUAUUCUCACUCUAGCAUAUAUCACCGCUCUCUCGGUUAGCAGUCUUGACCGUGUUCUUGCCUUCGUUGGGAGCACGGGAUCUACAUCCAUCAGCUUUAUUCUACCUGGCCUAUUCUAUUAUAAAAUCAGCGACCCCGAAAGCGUCCACCAUCAGCGCCUGGCCAAAGAGGACGACGACAUGGAUGGCUCUGAGGAUUCUGAUGUUGAGGACUCUGGGGCGCUUGCCCAGAGCACCCACAGUAUUCGCAGUGCUGCCAGUGCCGCCAGCGGUCGGAGCGGAAACGCCUUGCGCUGGCGUAGAAAAUGGCGAUGGGACUUGGAGCAUGUCGAUAACGGUCUUUUACGAAAGAUGGCUCUGGCCCUAGCGAUAUACGGAAUGGUCGUGAUGGUGGUUUGCUUGGUCAUGAACAUUUUCUUCAUUACGGCCGCCCACUAAGAGUCAUU